CAAGGUAGCAGAAGUCACUGAUUUCCUGUCACCUGGUAUCUAUCAGCGAUCCUAGGUCUGGCCUAACUCACUCACCCCUGUGCACUUGAGAAAGUAGCAGUCAAGUGAACUCAGCAGCAAGCAUCAAAUCAGCCCUUGAGCCCUAAGGUCUUGGAGACUCAGGAUUUUUGAGGGUGAAAUGACAACACCCAGAAAUUCAAUGAGUGGAGCUUUCCCAGCAGAUCCUACGAAAGGCCCUAUUGCCAUGCAACCUGUUAAAAAAAUAAUUCCCAGGAAGGCAUCUCCUGUGGUUGGCCCCACACAAAGCUUCUUCAUGAGGGAAUCCAAGGCUUUGGGGGCUGUCCAGAUUAUGAAUGGGCUCUUCCACAUUGCUCUUGGUGGUCUCCUGAUAAUCCACCUGGAGGUCUAUGUACCUAUCUGUGUAACUGUGUGGUACCCUCUCUGGGGAGGCAUAAUGUACAUCAUUUCUGGAUCACUCCUGGCAGCAGCCAAGACAAACUCCAGGAAAAGUUUGGUCAAAGGGAAAAUGAUAAUGAACUCAUUGAGCCUCUUUGCUGCCAUUUCUGGGAUAAUUCUUUUGAUCAUGGACAUAUUUAAUAUUACAAUUUCCAAUUUUUUUAAAGUGGAGAGUCUCAACUUUAUUAAGGCUUCUGUACCAUAUAUUAACAUACACAACUGUGAGACAGCUAACCCUGCUGAGAAAAACCCUUUAUAUGUACCAUAUUGUUACAGAAUUCGAACAGUGUUCUUGAGCCUUUUUGCAGUGAUGCUGAUCUUUGCCUUCUUCCAAAAACUUGUGACAGCUGGCACUGUUGAGAGUGAAUGGAAAAAACUGUGCUCCAGAUCCAAAGCUGAUGUAGUUCUUCUCCUGUCAGCUGAAGAAAAAAAAGAAAAGGCAAUUGAAAUAAAAGAAGAUGUGGUAGAGCUGACUGAAAUAUCUGCCCAACCAAAAAUUGAAGAAGACAUUGAAAUUAUUCCAGUCCUAGAAGAAGAAGAAGAAGCAGCAGAAGCAGAAGUAAACUUUCCAGAACCUCCCCAAGACCAGGAAUCCUCACCAAUAGAAGAUGAUAGUGUCCCUUAAACUAUUUUUUUUUUGGGGGGGGGUCUGUUUCCUUUUUCUAAGCAUUAGUGUUCAUAGCUUCCAAGAGACAUAUUCCCCCCAUUUCUUGAGACUUGAGACACUCCACAUAUCUCCACAUAUCUCUCUGGUCUUUGCAUGGAGUGACCACAGCAUGUGCGCAUUCUCCUCUCUCUCUCUCUCUCUCUCUGUCUCUCCCUCUCCCUCUCCUUUCCCUUGGAUAAGUAGUAGCUAUAGUAGUGUUUUUUUUUUGUUGGUUUUUUUCCCAUUUCUUCCCUUCUCAACAGGAAGAUUCUGCACCUGAUGAAAAAGAUAAAUGAGUGCUGCAUGCCAUCCAUAAACUAUCUUUAAUUCCUACCACAUCUACAUUUUGAGUGCAGUCCUUUUGCACCACUGUUUUAAGGAAAAUAAAAAUAAUAAUAAUGAGAUGCAAUAAGAAGCCUAUUCCAUCUAUCUUUCUAUGGGGCUGACACUGACGCACACUGAGCCUCCACAGUCCUUCAGGGAAGCUCUGAGAGACCAUCACCCAAUCCCUUCUUUGUACAAGCAACACAGCUUAUAAACGGCCAUGUCUCUACCUGUCUUAACUUUCUCUAACCCCUGCCCUAGGCUCUUGGCUGCACUGUCUACCUACUUUUAGUCUUUAGGCAAGAGAAGAAAGAAUGAAAGAAAAAUACCAAGAGUAGCUAUAUCUCAAAUAAUAACCAACACCUGUAUUUGUAGAAUAUUUCCUAGUCAACAAAAUAUUUUAUCAAAUAAUUGCAUUUGAUCAUCCCUGAUAAAAAAGAAUCCCUAUCCCUAUUUUACAAAUGUUUCAAAGAGGCUAAGUAAUUUGUAAAUAAGUAAAGGUAAUUUACAGCUAAUAAUUUUGAGAGCCUCUUUCAUUGCUAAAUCUUCUUACUCAAAUCCUGUAAUGUUUGAAAUAACCAAAUUACCUAUCCAAUGCCCACAUAAACUACUAGAGUUAAGUCAAAAGGUUUUAUCAAGCACCUACUCUCUGACCAGCAUGAAACAGGUGUUGAGAGACACACACAAAAGAGCCAGAAAUCAAAUUUUACCAUGUGAGGAUUAAAAGACUUAGACAUUCACAACCUUUUAAAAACUACUUACAUCAUGGAUGUAUAAUUGGUUGUUAGAGUACAUAAUGUAGAUACUAAGUUAUCAAUGCUACAGACUAAGUGCUACAGACAUUGUGAGAAAGAAGAUCAUGCAUGAAAAUUAUAUAAAUAGUUACAAUGCCUAAUCUCAGGCAACAGCUAUCCUACUUAUUGAUUCUUGUUCAUAUUCAGAGAAACUAGUACCCUAUGAAGAAAGAAUCUUAACCUAAAAGGCCACUAUCAUCUAUCAACUACAUUUGAGCAUUUGCUACAUGUUGAGUGCUGUCAGAUUCUGGCAGGUGCCUAGACAAUGUAAUUUCCACUCCCUGUGAUAUUUCCAUUUUGUUAGGGGCCACCAAUGGAAGAUAUUUCCUCUGAUUAGAAAAAAAAGGAGGUAGGAUAUUUCUCUAUGUAAAGUCCUCAAAAUUAGCUUUAAAUAAAUAAAACUAUAUUGGUGUUCUUAUCUGCAAUAAAUGAU